GGGCGGCCUGUGGUCAUUCCACAUACACAGAAGAGCAAUUCCCCACCGGGUAGGGUACAGAAAGUGGAGGGUAAGGAGCACAGGGAUACAGCGCCAAGGGCAAGGCCCCCAGAGAAGGCCAGAGAGUGGGAGAUCGGUGCCAGUUGGUGGGAAAGAUCUAAUGGGUCAGCGGGAGCUGCGGCCGGCAGAGAGGCCCCUGGAGGAGGAGGGGGUGGGGUGGCGUGCAGGCGGAGGUAAUUCAGGCUGAAGCAGUCAGGGAGACUUCUUUGAGGAAGGAGGGUAUCGGGGAGGCCUCCUUGGAGGAGCAAGAGGGUUGUCAGGAGGCUCCUGGAGGCGGCGGGGCUCCAAGACGCUGCCUCACCUGGGGCCCGGCCGCCGCGCUUUGGGGCACCGCCUCGGCCAACGUAGGCCGGGCACAGCUCGCCAGUACCACGAACCCGGAUGGGUCGCCGGGCGCGGCCUCCACCAAGGCCGCCUUCACAGAUGUGGUGCCCAGGUCAAUGCCGAGAGUGACCGACCGUACAGCCAUGGCGGUGGGGACGCGCGCUGCUAGCUCCUGGGGCCAAAGUGCCUCCUCCCGUACCCUGCACCCAGGACCCAAGAGCCUAGUCGGGGCCUCGCCUGACAGUCCUUCAGCCACACUCAACAUGGCGGCUUCUCAUCUUCCCAUUGGCCGAGACCCGCGCACUCCUCACGGUGGGCCCUGGCUAUAGGCGAACAGGCGGUGGAAGGCGGGACCUAGAGACCCUGCCCCUCAAGGUAAGAGUCCCGGGACAAUGGAGCGCUGCCCCAAACCCGCUUACCAAUGUAGCGGUUCGCAGACAGGCGCUGGAAACUCGGAGAAACUGUCCCUAAAAGUGGCUUCAUCCAUCCUCACACCUGAUCUCCCAUCCCUGCCAAGGCGCCGGCGUCCCUCCUCCCCGCCCCAAUCCUGCCCAAUUAUCGGGAUGAGAGGUGUGUGAACUGCAACUCCCACAACGCACCGCGCUGAGAGCUCUGUACUCCACGAAUCAGGUGGCUCGGGUCAGGUGACUUCUGUCCCGCCCCACACAAAGUAAAGCCGGCCGAGGGAAGCGAGUCCAGUUUGAAGCGGCUCCUGCGUCUCGUGUGGUCAGUCUCGUAAGCGCAGAGGAUCUCAGUUCACAUUCCAGUCCUGUGGAAUGAGAGAGGAGCCAGUUAGGCCUGAUAUCUGCAUCUGAGAGGAAAACCAGACUGUAACCUUGGAACAAAGUGAAUCCUGAACUUGACACAGGCAGUUCUUUGAAAUCAAGGAACAUGAUAAGGAGUUGGCUCAUUUUUAUCCUCUUUCCUCUGAAGCUUAUAGAGAAAUGUGAGUCGACAGUCAACUUCACGGUUCCUCCUACUGUGAAGCUGGAAAAUGGAAGCUCAGCCAACGUGAGCGUCACCCUCCGGCAUCCUUUAAAUGCAACCUUGGUGAUCACUUUUCAAAUCACAUUUUGUUCAAAAAAUGUUACUAUCGUUGAGCUCCCUGAUGAAGUUGUGAUACUUCCUGGAGUGACAGAUUCCUCUUUUCAAGUGACAUCUCAAGAUGUUGGACAACUUACCGUUUACCUGCACGGAAAUAAUUCCAACCAGACCGGCCCAAGGAUUCGCUUCUUGGUGAUCCACAGCAACGUCAUUAGCAUCAUAAACCAGGUGAUAGGCUGGAUUUACUUUGUGGCCUGGUCCAUCUCCUUCUACCCUCAGGUGAUCACAAACUGGAGGAGGAAAAGUGUCAUUGGUCUGAGCUUCGACUUCGUGGCCCUGAACCUAACAGGCUUCGUGGCCUAUAGCGUAUUCAACAUUGGCCUCCUCUGGGUGCCCUACAUCAAGGAGCAGUUUCUCCUCCGGUACCCCAAUGGCGUGAACCCCGUGGACAGUAACGACGUGUUCUUCAGCCUGCACGCCGUCACCCUCACCCUGGUUGUCAUGGUGCAGUGCUUUCUGUAUGAGCGCGGCAGCCAGCAUGUGUCCCAGCUGGCCCUUGGCUUCCUGGCGCUCUCCUGGCUCUUCGCAUUCACCACCAUGAUUGUGGCCGCGGUUGGGGUAACCACGUGGCUGCAGUUCCUCUUCUGCUUCUCCUACAUCAAGCUUGCAGUGACUCUGGUCAAGUAUUUUCCACAGGCCUAUAUGAACUUUUACUACAAAAGCACUGAGGGCUGGAGCAUUGGCAAUGUGCUUCUGGACUUCACUGGGGGCAGCUUCAGCCUCCUCCAGAUGUUCCUCCUGUCCUACAACAACGACCAGUGGACACUGAUAUUUGGAGACCCAACCAAGUUUGGACUCGGCAUCUUCUCCAUCUUCUUCGAUAUUGUCUUCUUCAUCCAGCACUUCUGCUUAUACAGAAAGAAACCAGGGCUUCAGGCAUCCCACACAGGUUCUGACAGCCUUUCCAGGCAGGACUGGGCGCUGAGCUUGGAGCCAAAGGCCUGGCCCCAAGCAGCCAGUGUUUCUGGGAGCAGCUUGAAGGACUGACCUUGUAGCUGUGAGAGCCAAGGGCGCUUUCCUGCCACUGAUGUGUUCCCAGAGACCACGCAGCCAGGUGUGGUGGCCGGGGGACUCAGAGGUGCUGGUGUCAGUGUCAGAGGGGCUGCGACCUUGGGGUUCAGCCUUGGGGUCCCUUCUCUGAAGGCCACAUUCUCUGAGCACUUCCCUUCCUGACAUUCAUCCUUCAGAACUGUAAUCAUAGGUGGCCCCAACCAAGUUCUGGUAAAAAAAAAAAAAACUAUUUCUGAGCCUUGAGGCGCCCAACAGAUUAGUUCUGAUCUGGGCUCAUGGCUAAUACUCCUUGUAUCUUUAUCACGCUAUCCCCUUUGGGUUUUUUGGAGGAAUGUUUUAGAAGUACCUUAAUUUCUUCACCUUCUGCCUACCUCCACUUUCCCAGAGUUGGGGGCCCCAUGGGAGCCCCUGCAGCUGCUCCUCGCCCAGUGGCUGAAGCGCUGUAUGCAUACACGCACCCACCAGCCUGUGCCUUAGAGGCCCAUUAGACCUGCCCAAAGGACAGGAGCUGCCCUGGACAGAAGGGGAGGCCCCCUUCCCUCACUUGGCCCAGACCCCUACCUGGGGUCCCCCUGAGCCUCUGAAAAGGACUUGAGACCACCUCAUACAAUCCUCAUGGGCCCAACCCUGAUCCCAAACCCCCUUGCCUCCCACUGCAAGCAGUCAUCUUCCCAAGGCAGGAGGGGAGGGUCUUAAGGACAUGCCUGGAGUUUGUCCAUCCGCUCUCACACCUUUCCAGCAGGUCAGUGUGAGGGGCCUCUAUCCUCUGUCCUUCAUUAAAACCUUGUCUGUUUCCUUUCUGCACAUUCUGAGCAUUUGCCAGGUGCAGGAGGCAGCUGUGUUGCCUCUUCAGAACCAAGUCUCUGGGGCUAGGGAGAUGGCCUGACUCACUUCGUGUCCAGAAACGCAUGGGGUUGUGAAGCUCCCCGGUCCUGAGGCCUGCAUGCUGGCUGGCACCUCGUCAGGGGAGCCCUCUUGGGUAGUGCAAGACGCCUGCCAGCCCAGGGUCAGGUAGGUCCUGCAGGUACCAUGACUCUGCAUUUCCAGGGGCGUGCCAGCCACUCAAGCUGUGGUUAUGAGCAUGGGUUGGAUGAGGUCUUUAAGGGCACCACUGGGAGGUUAGGGUUGGGGGCUUAUUUUCCAGACUCUUCUGUCCAGUUUUAACAAAUGGAGCCUCAUUUCCCUAAAGCAGAGAUUAUACCCUGACCAAGCCCAGAGACCUGUUUUAUUUGGGCCACCCAGUGUGUUAUUGGGUGCCACCCUCAAAACUGGGAAGUUUCAAAAUUCUGAUUUGAAAAUUCAAAAAAUCUGAUUUGACAGUGCCUGGUCCAUCCCUGAGUUGCAGCAAUUCCAAGAGCUGGUAGUGCAGCCAGUGCUGAGCCAGGCAGAGGCCCUGUUGCUCUUCAGCUCAUCCCAUCUCAUCAGAUCAGUUUCCUGGCUGUGAUAAACUAAGUGCCCUUGAGGGUGUUAGCAGGUUGGGGUUUCUCCCAUGAACCCCCUGGUGUCCAUGGGGCACCCCCCAGGUAGACCUGAAGCUCAGUUACACAAGGGAGACCGGGGGCUCCCUGUCUGCACUUCUGGUGAAGUGUCCCAGACUUGCCCACAGGUGUGGCCCUGGCCAAGCACCUGGGAGUAGCUGGGCUUCAUCUCAGAGUAGUCAGCCAGCCUAACAACCCAAGCUCUCGCUGCAGUACACCCCCAAUAUCCCUACUCCGUGCCU